AUGGCCUUGAACAAUCUGGGCGGCGGAGGGGCUCACUCGCAGCCUUCCCUGCCUGCCCUUCCAGCACAUCUACAAUCCGACACCCACCUCACUGCACAUCUUGCAAGUCGAUUCCACGUCUCAUUACCAACAGCCCAACUCUCUUCCCACGCGUUAAUAUCUCUGAAUACAUACUCUUCUUCCACCAAAGGUCCAGAUGGCGGGAAAGAGGGUUCCGCUAUGGGAGGAGCGGAGGAAUUAGCAGACAGGGCCUACACAAGACUCGGGGCACGUUCCGAAAAUCAGGCUGUGGUGUUUCUUGGCGAGUCUGGAUCAGGUAAAACUACCCUCCGUUCUCACUUGCUUUCAGCACUCCUCGGCAAGUCAUCCACACCACUAUCCACUAAAUUGUCACUCGCUGCAUAUGUCUUUGAUACAUUGACAACCACCAAAACUGCCACAACUCCCACGGCGUCAAAAGCUGGCCUGUUCUUCGAGCUUCAAUAUGAUACUGCUUCAACCGUCAACCCAACUCUUAUUGGCGGAAAGGUGCUAAAUCAUAGACUGGAACGGAGUAGAGUAGCUGCUGUGCCAACUGGAGAGAGAAGUUUCCACGUCCUUUACUACCUCUUGGCCGGAACCAGUGCUGCUGAGAAGACGCAUCUUGGGCUUGAUAGCCCAGGAGCUUUGUCCACUGGCCCACAGAACCAGAAGAGAUGGAGAUACCUCGGGCAUCCAACGCAGCUGAAGGUGGGAAUCAAUGAUGCAGAGGGUUUCCAAUUAUUCAAGACUGCUUUAAGGAAAUUGGAGUUCCCUAGAAGUGAAAUCGCGGAGAUUUGCCAGGUUCUAGCCGGUAUUCUUCACAUAGGCCAGCUCGAGUUUGAGACAACCUCGGAUACGGCAGCACAAGGGGAUGAUAGUGGUGGCUACUCCCACGAGGGAGGACAAACAAUCACUGCCGUCAAGAACAAGGAAGUGCUGAAUAUAAUUGCUGCUUUCCUCGGAGUUGGUGGCCAGGAUCUACAAACAACGUUAGGUUACAAGACGAAGAUUCUUCAGCGAGAGAGAGUUACUGUCAUGCUUGAUCCUAAAGGUGCUAGGAACAAUGCAGACGAACUUGCUCGGACACUCUAUUCUCUGCUGGUAGCAUACGUGGUUGAGAGCAUCAACCAGAGGGUUUGCGCUGUGGAGGAGACGGUUGCAAACACUAUUUCGAUAGUCGACUUCCCGGGUUUCGCCCAACAGCGUUCAACGGACUCCACGCUGGACCAACUACUCAACAAUGCCGCCACAGAGGCGCUUUACAACUUUACGCUACAGAACUUCUUCGAGGGCAAGGCAGAAAUGCUGGAAAACGAGGAGGUCAGUGUGGCAGCUACGAGCUACUUCGAUAAUUCGGACGCAGUCAAGGGCCUUCUCAAACACGGAAAUGGACUGCUUAGCAUUCUCGAUGACCAGACAAAACGCAAUAGGACCGAUAUGCAACUUCUCGAGAGUCUUCGGAAGCGUUUCGAAGGCAAAAAUCCAGCCAUCGCCGUUGGAAGUGCGACUGCCAAGCUACCAGGGAGCAACUUUGCAACUCACAAUGCUGCUGCUUCCUUUGCUGUGAGGCAUUACGCUGGAGAGGUCGACUAUCUCGUGGCUGGACUUGUCGAAGAAAAUGGCGAGGUCAUUUCUGGAGAUCUGAUGAACCUGAUUUCUUCAACAAAAAGUGAUUUUGUCGGACAACUAUUUGGACAAGAAGCUCUGCAGACUGUGGUGCAUCCGCAAGAGAAGACCACAAUCAUGCAAGCGCAGGUCAGCUCAAAACCUCUACGGCAACCCAGCGUCAUGCGCAGGAAAGGAGACAGACCUGCUAGGUUCGGCGGUCGUGAUACUAAGAUUUUUACCGAGUCCGUUGAUGAUGCGUCAGAUCAUGGAGAGACAGACGCAAAGAGCCACAAAAGUCGGAGUGUCGAUCAAGGAGCUGCUGCUCAAUUUCUCUCCUCACUUGACAACGUUACUAAAUCUCUCACUGCGCCGAACACCAAUCCAUACUUUGUAUUCUGUCUCAAACCCAAUGAUCGACGGAUAGCAAAUCAGUUCGACAGCAAAUGUGUCCGAACUCAAAUCCAAACAUUUGGUAUUGCAGAGAUCAGUCAGCGGUUGCGAAAUGCAGACUUCAGCCUCUUUCUUCCCUUUGGGGAAUUCCUCGGGCUCGCUGACGCCGACACAGUCUUGAUCGGUAGUGAGCGGGAGAAGGCCGAAAUGGUCGUAGAUGAGAAGAGAUGGCCAGGUAAUGAGGCUAGAAUUGGGAGCACCGGCAUCUUUCUGAGCGAAAGAUGCUGGGCCAAUGUUGCAAGACUAGGAGAACGAGGCUUUACUCAAGCACGCUAUCCUACUGCCUCUGAUGAUGGAGGGGAUGGCAUGCUUACGCCUGAUGUUCACGCUGGUUAUGGGCAGUCGAAAGAAAGACUUCUUGGUUCACCUUCAGGCCUCACUCCACCAGGCGCCUAUAUCUACGGGGGGGACAAGAAGUCGGGGUACUUUGGCGGUCCUGAUGAUUCGCGGUCGGAGGCAGGCGCUUCUGCUCUUGGGCAAGGAGACAUGUUCCGAAAUUUCGAAACACGAGAGCAAAUGGCAGAAAAGGGGAACGAGAAAACCAUGGUUGAAGUUGAAGAAGUGAAGAUCAAGCCCAGCCGGAAGAGGUGGGUUGCAAUAGUCUACAUGUUGACUUGGCUCAUUCCGGAUUUCGCGAUUCGACUUAUUGGUCGAAUGCCCCGCAAAGACGUGCGAAUGGCAUGGAGAGAAAAGCUUGCCAUCAACAUGAUGAUCUGGUGGAGUUGUCUCUUCGCGGCAUUUUUCAUUGUCAUCUUCCCGAAGCUUAUUUGCCCGACACAACACGUCUACAGCGCUGCGGAGCUUACGAAGUACGACGGCAAAAAGAACGACGCUUAUGUUGCGAUCCGUGGACAAGUUUUCAGUCUAUCCUCGUUCGCGCCCACUCAUUAUCCCAAUAUCAUUCCUCAGAAGUCGCUGCUCGCAUAUGCCGGGCUUGAUGCUACUUCGCUGUUCCCAGUCCAGGUUAGCGCUAUGUGUGCCGGUGUCAAUGGAAGCAUCGAUCAGUCUAUCCAGCUCGAUUAUACAAACUCGAACAUCACUGGCUCAGCGAACGUCAUCAGCACGAGCGACACGAAUGCCCAUUACCACGAUUUUCGAUGGUGGACUGGCGAUGACCGACCCUACUGGUUCUUUGAGCAGAUGAUCAAGUUGAGAACAUCAGGUUACAAGAAAGGUAGUAUAGGAUAUACGCCUUCAUACCUCACGAAACUCGCGAAAAAGCAAUCGGUUAUCGCCAGUUUGAACGGCCGCGUUUACGACUUCACCAAAUAUCUGGCCGGUGGUCGUGGAGUGAAAGUUCCCACCGGCACUGAUUUGCCAACAGGUAUCAACACCGACUUUAUGGAUCAGACAGUCGUGGACCUAUUUCAAGAGAAAUCAGGUCACGACGUCACAAAAUACUGGAAUGGCCUGCCAAUCUCGGACGAUCUACGGUCUAGUAUGCAGCUUUGUCUGGACAACUUGUUCUACGUCGGCCAGGUCGACACAAGAAACUCCGUCAAGUGCAAAUUCGCGGAGUAUCUCAUUCUCGCCAUUACCAUUAUUCUUUGCAGUGUUAUUCUUUUCAAGUUCUUUGCUGCUCUUCAAUUUGGCGGCAAGAAUAUCCCUGAGAACCUCGACAAGUUUGUCAUCUGCCAAAUUCCUGUUUACACUGAAGACGAGGACUCAGUGCGCCGUGCGCUUGAUUCUGCUGCUCGAAUGAAGUACGAUGAUAAACGCAAGCUCUUGGUCGUGAUCUGCGAUGGUAUGAUUAUUGGUCAAGGAAACGAUAAACCGACUCCUCGUAUUGUGCUCGAUAUUCUGGGCGUUGAUGAUACCGUGGACCCCGAGCCAUUAAGCUUUGAAUCCCUAGGUGAGGGUAUGAAACAACAUAAUAUGGGAAAAGUCUAUUCGGGUCUCUACGAAGUCCAGGGCCACAUUGUACCAUUUAUGGUUAUCGUCAAGGUUGGAAAGCCUUCCGAAGUUUCCCGCCCAGGAAACAGAGGCAAACGUGACUCUCAGAUGGUAUUGAUGCGAUUCUUGAACAGAGUCCAUUAUAACGCUGCCAUGAGUCCCCUGGAACUUGAGAUGUACCAUCAAAUACGAAACAUCAUAGGCGUCAAUCCCACUUUCUAUGAGUUUAUGUUACAAAUCGACGCAGAUACUGUUGUUGCGCCAGAUUCUGCUUCUCGCAUGGUUGCCGCAUUCUUAGAUGAUACGAGGCUCAUCGGCGCUUGCGGAGAAACGUCCCUUUCCAAUUCCAAGUCCUCCGUUGUCACCAUGAUUCAGGUUUACGAGUACUACAUAUCCCACAACUUGUCCAAGGCUUUCGAAAGUCUGUUUGGUAGUGUUACCUGUUUGCCAGGUUGUUUCACGAUGUAUCGUGUGCGAGCAGCAGAAACAGGAAAACCACUUUUCGUGAGUCGAGAUGUUGUCGAAGCCUAUGCCAAUAUUCGUGUGGACACACUGCACAUGAAGAAUCUGCUUCAUUUAGGAGAGGAUCGUUACCUAACCACGCUUCUCCUCAAAAAUCACCCCAAGCACAAGACUAAGUAUCUAUUCAACGCCCACGCUUGGACUAUUGCUCCCGAUUCCUGGGCAAUCUUUUUGUCACAGCGGCGUCGCUGGAUCAACUCUACCGUCCACAACCUGAUGGAACUGAUGUCUGUAUCGCAGCUUUGUGGUUUCUGCUGCUUUAGUAUGCGAUUCAUUGUCUUUAUUGAUCUACUUUCGACAAUUAUCCAACCAGUCACACUAGCCUACAUUAUCUAUCUUAUCGUCACCGUCAUCAGAACCCCCAACGUCGUACCGGUCACCGCCUUUAUUCUUCUCGGUGCUAUCUAUGGUCUACAAGCCAUCAUUUUCAUCCUUCGCCGAAAGUGGGAGAUGAUUGGGUGGAUGAUUCUGUAUAUUUUUGCAAUUCCUGUCUUCUCGUUCGGCUUGCCCCUGUACAGUUUCUGGCACAUGGACGAUUUCUCAUGGGGUAACACUCGUGUUGUCACCGGAGAAAAGGGCAAGAAGGUUGUCAUUACUGACGAAGGCAAAUUCGACCCCGCUUCCAUUCCACACAAGAAAUGGGAAGAAUACCAAGCCGAACUUUGGGAAGCACAGACAAGUCGAGACGAUCGUUCAGAAGUCUCGGGCUACUCCUACGGCACUAAACACCCAGCUGCCGUAUCGGAAUACCAAUACCCACCUUCCCGACCAAUGUCUCAGAUGGGCGGCAACUAUCCCUAUGGCGACCGAAAUGCCUCUCGCAUGUCUAUGGCACAAUCCGAGAUGCUAGGCAUGGGCGCUGAUCCCCGCACCAGCCAAUUUGGCGGUAGCCAGUACUUCAACCAGCAAGAGCUUGAGCUUGCCAACCUUGCUGGACUGCCCAGCGAUGAUAGUAUCCUGGCUGAGAUUAGAGAGAUUCUCAAGACGGCUGAUCUGAUGACAAUCACGAAGAAGAGUAUCAAGAUGCAGUUGGAGAAGAGAUUCGGUGUUUCGCUUGAUGCUAGAAGGGCUUAUAUUAAUUCUGGUACGUUCUGUUCCUUCUCUAACCAUACACACCUCUAUCCUCCUAGAGCAGCCGCUGACUUACUUGGUUUAUAG